GGGAGGUUGUGUCACACCAUGCGGAGUGACAAGGAUUCUGACCCACCCUUCCGAUCUCCAACCAAUCACCUCAACGUUCCUGAUUCCUCAGGGCUCCCAACCACGCGAUAUUUGCGCCCCCUUGCUAUUUACAGUAUCAAUAUCAAGGAUUCGUCAACUGGCCAUGAGUCCAGCCUCGUGAAUUUCUUCAUCCCGUCUGAGGGCUAUCAAAUAAGUGGUGCCGCGUGUUCCUGCGGUUUGUGCAUUCUCUCUUCUUUCUUCUUGAGCUCUGCGAUUUGCCUGUCGUGCGCCUUCGUUUCUCACUUUCCCCAAACAGCAAGCCUCUAAUCCCUGCUCGCUGUCUGGUUUUCCUGCACCAUCAUCUUGCGCCUGCAUCAUCUUGCAAGCAAUCUUCAAGAUGCGCUUCAGCCAGCUCCCGGUGCCCAUCCUCGUGGCACUCUCUAGCUACUCCCUGCCCGGCGAAUGCCUGCCCUUUGCAGGCCAGUCUCCUCGCAAUGCGCCCGCCCAGCCGCCCAGGCCUAAGUACUCUGUCGUCCCCAUUGAUGGCGGCAACCCCAACUCGGGUUCCGGCUCCGGCGCCGGCGGGUCGGGGUCAGGCGCUGGCUCCAACCCCAAGCCCGAGGUCACGGUGAUCAAGACACUGCCGCCCGCCACCGUCACCAAAACGUCAGCCCCAGAGACGGUGGUCGUCACGAGCUCGCCUAGUCCGGCGACGGUGACAAAGUCCAUAUCUAUCAUUGAUAUCAUGCCCGCGCCCACGGACUCGCCCCCGGCAACUAUCACCGUCACCAAAACUCCAAGCUCGAGCGCCGAAGAGGCACCACCAACAAAGAGCAGUGAGCCGUCGCCGGCCCCAAGCACGCCUGAUGUCACACCCACCAGCGUCCCUUCAUCCACCCCAAGCAGUAGCUCGUCCUAUACCGGCUCCGCUGCCUCCAACUCAACUGUUUCGCACGAUGCCACAGCAUCAUCUACCUCCAAGAUCUUCAUGACAUCCUCCCUUGUCGCGUCAACAUCUACGCACACUUCAAUCGUCUCUGAGGCACCGUGGGAGACCAACCCCGCGAAUACGACCAGCGCCUCCAGCACGCGCACCACCUCUAAAAGCACCAUUUCGGUCGUCAGUACUGACUCGUUCACGCUCACCAGCACGACGUACGUGCCAACCACAGUGCUUGCGGCCACGACCUCAUCGACCACCACGACACCAGACGACGGCUACUGGCAUUCCGCCAAGUACCCGUCGUGGAACCGCACGAUUCCCUACCAUGGCCCCGCUCACCCACUGGUAUAGCACGCGUCUGCCUGCAUUUUCAGGACGCCACACCCUUUCCUUUGUCUCUCCUGCAUUGCAUUUCCGAGCGCGUUCUCUUCGCCAUCCGCUUGCGCCACCCAGGCGCACGUGGACUUUUAAUAAUAACAUGACAGCGGGAGCUGUCCAAUACCUGCAUUAAUCAGCAUUUGGGGAACGGGGAACGGACCGGCGGUAUUUUCGGAGAUUUCUGAGACGUAGACCAAGAGCUGGACGCGUUCCGGGGUAAUGUACAUGUGCAUAUAGGGUUACGAUGGGUAGGCGUUUUUGCAUAUACAGGGGUCGUAGGUAGAUGACCCUGAUGGGAAAU